ACACAAGGAGGCUCCACCACCACCAUUAAAAAGAUAACGCGUAAAUGCAAAAUCAAAGCACCAUUGACUUAUGAGUCAUGAUGUGUGAACAUGGAAAAGUUUCUUGCUAAGUAAACUCGUAAGUUUCCUAUUGAAAGUGACAACAUUGCCCAUAAUUCUUGUAUUGAAUCUUCACAUCUUCCAUGUUCACUCUUAUUAUCUCUACAAUUCUAUCAAUCAAAUCUCAUUACCUACCCAUCAAUGGUUUUUCAUAUGAGAAAUAAUCUCCUUCAUUUAUAUCAUUACAAUCAUGAUAGCCCAAAUCCUUCCCCUCAACAAUCACCUGUUACACAAACUUCCUAUCAAAUACUUCAUCAUUUUCAUAUCCAUAUUCAUACACUUCAUAUCGCGAUUAUCGCCACAGCUUGCUUCGUUACCACUCUUAUGCUUCUUUUAAUCUUUUACAUUUCCCUAAGGAGAAGCUACCACUCAAGAAGACAUAACCUUAACCAUAACAAUAACUAUGUCCGAAGAAACACGCCUAUAUUGUUCGAUGUUCAUGGUUAUACAGAUUCUACCAUUUCAAAUGAUGAUGGUGAUGAUGAUGAUGAUGAGAGGUUUAUGGUCAUUGAUCACCCCAUCUGGUUAAUCCGAACAAUAGGGCUUCAACAAUCGACUAUAGAUUCGAUUACAGUGUUGAAGUAUAGAAAAAAUGAAGGACUUUUUGAUGGAACAGAGUGUUCUGUUUGUUUAGGUGAAUUUCAAGAAGAAGAGAGUCUCAAACUUUUGCCUAAGUGUAGCCAUGCUUUUCACGUGCCUUGUAUUGAUACUUGGCUUAGAUCACAUAAAAAUUGUCCGUUGUGUCGCGCACCUGUGGUUAAUGAUGCUGCAGAGGUGAGUGUCACAGUUACUGAUGAUCAGCUUGAUUCAAAUAUUUCUGGUGAGAGUUUGAACCAAGAAGAGGGACAGAUAGAAAAUUUUGAUAAUGUUGUUGUGGAAGGAUUAGGAUCACAAUCACAUAAUGUAGGAGAAUUUGAAAUUAUUAUAGUUGAUAAUGAUGAUAGUGAUUCUAGUGUAUCAUCUAGUGAAAGGGUAAAUAAAAAUAAUAUUGCUUAAUUUUUUUCUUUUUGGUUGGUACAUAGACGAAAUGGACAAACUAUUGGAAAUUCAUACACACAAAGUGGAGGCACUGAGAUUCGAACCCCAAUCAUAGCCGACAUUUUUGGCAAUUGAGCUAGGAUUUAUGGACUAUAUUGCUUAAUUUGUUAGCAAAGGAAAUGGAAGAGGAAAUACAGUGAAGAGGUCAUUAUUUUUUUUUUUUUGACAGAGUGAAGAGUGUUAGAAGUCCCACAUUGACUAGAAAUAUGAUAAAAAUAGCCUUUAUAAGUGUAGUGCAAACCUCAACUCUAAAACUAGUUUUUGUGGUUGAGUAUAGGCCUCCCAAAUUCUAAUAAAGAGGUCAAUGAUCAAGUA